CUUCCACUUUCCUCUGGAGACUUUCAUUUUCGGGGCAUCCAGUUCUGAGUCAAAGAUUCCUCCUUCGGAACAUGGGACUUUCCAGAAGGACCACAGCCUCCUUCCGCACACCCACUUGACCCCAGAUGUUCUGGAUUUGGGUUGUUGAAGGAGUCUGCUGGCCCCUCGGGAGAAGGAUGGCCCUGUGGUCCCUGUGGAGCCUGCUUCUCUGGGAAGCCUCCAGCGCCCAAGUGCACGGCCAGGUUGGGGGCUCCGUGCUGCUGGUGGCAGAGCGCCCUGCCGGCUUCCAAGUCCGAGAGGCCAUCUGGAGAUCUCUCUGGCCUUCCGAGGAGCUCCUGGCCACAUUUUUCCGGGGCACCCCAGAGACUCUGUACCGCUCCCGCUUCCUGGGCAGAGCCCAGCUGCACAGCAACCUCAGCCUGGAGCUCCAGCCGCUGGAGUCUGGAGACAGCGGCAACUUCUCCCUGCUGCUGGUGGACACGGGCGGUCGGUCCCGGACCCAGGUCCUGCAGCUCAAGGUGUACGAUGUGGUGCCCAGACCCGUGGUACAAGUAUUCAUUGCUGUACCAGGAGAGGCUCAGCCACCCAAGACCUGCCAGGUGUUUCUGUCCUGUUGGGCCCCCAACAUCAGUGACAUAACCUAUAGCUGGCGACGGGAAGGGACCAUUGACUUUGGUAUGGAGCCAAGCGACCUCUUCACGGAUGGACAGGUGCUGAGGGUUUCACUGGGACCAGGAGACAAGAGCACGACCUAUUCCUGCAUUGUGUCUAACCCUGUCAGCUGGGACUUGGCCACUGUCACCCCUUGGGAGAGCUGCCAUCAUGAGGCAGCCCCAGGAAAUUCCUCCUACAAAGAUGUGCUGCUGGUGGUGGUGCCCAUCUCCCUGCUCUUGACCCUGGCUGGUUUCCUCUCUGCCUGGCACUCCUGCUACUCAGGGAAAAAGCAGAAGGACGUCUGUAAUGACAGAGUGACUCCAGAGACAGAAAACCCCCUUGUGUAGGGUCUGGAUGAAGGAGGACAUAAACUGUUGCCUGGACCAUCAGGAAGCCCACUGCCCAAGCACAUGAUGCUCUGGAACACGCUGGUGUCCGGAAACCACCAUGGGCCUUGUGCUUCCACUGAGACUUCUGUCCCAUCUCCGGGAGCAGCCUAGACAGCUAUUGCACUGGGAGCUACCCAACAGAAAACACUAGCACAACCUUCCACAUGCCCCCCAACCCCAUCCCCGCUUCCACCCCUCUCCUGGCUCUGCUUCGGGCAAGAUAACAGACCAUCCCCUCAAAGACACUUGAAGUUCUCCAGGAUCCACAGCGACGUUGAUGGUCCCGGGCAUUCACCACCCCCACCACGGUUCAUGAAAUACUGUUGCAGGCAGAAGUUGUCUCCUCAAAGUCCAUUUGUUGAAGUCCUAAUCCCCCAUCUCUCAGAAUAGGACUGUAUUUGGAAAUCGGACUUCAAAGAGAAGAUUAAAAUUACAUGAGGUCAUUGGGAUGGGCCCUAAUCCCUUAUGACUGGUGUCCUUGUAAAACAGGAAGAGACACUAGGGAUGCACACACAAAGAAAAGGCCAUGGAAGGACACACAGAGAAGGAAGACAUCUACAAGCCAAGAAGAGAGGCCUCAGAAGGAACUUAACCUGUUAACACCUUGGUCUUGUGCUUUUAGCAUCCAAGACUAUGAGAAAAUAAAUUUUUGUUGUUGAAGCCACUCAUUCUGUGACAUCUUGUUAGAGCAGCCCAGCGGACCAAAGCAA